AUGGGUGCUGUUAUAUUCGUGUUCGGAGUAGUUGCUGGGCUGGUUUACAGACGACUGAAAGCUGAAGCAGAAAUCCACAGUAAGUGGUGGCGCGUGCGCAGUGAGGACAUCACCAUGACAACGCAGUCGUCAUUCUUGUCUAGCAGAAGUCAUGGUACGAUGGUGUAUGUGCGAAAACCGAAGGUCAAGUCCAUAUCGCUAGAUAGAGCCUUCAUGUUGGAAAUGAAACACAUGCGUGACAUCACAUGCCAGAAUCUUACCCGUCUGAUUGGCGUGUGUCCGGACACAAACAAUGUUUGUAUCCUCACUGAGUAUUGCUCUAGAGGAAGCCUACAGGACAUCCUUCAGAAUGAGUCUAUUCAACUUGAUUGGGAUUUCAAACUGUCCCUUAUCAACGACAUCGUCGAGGGCAUGCAUUACUUGCACACCACUAGUAUAGGCGUGCAUGGACGACUAACUAGUUCCAGAUGCGUGAUUGACAGCAGGUUUGUCCUCAAAAUAACCGGGUUCGGUCUAAAUUUCAUUAACGAGGUCCAUGCGAAGAAACAGCACGUGGAAAACAUGUACGUUAGUUUGCCAGAGCUGCUAUGGAUGGCUCCGGAACACCUCCGAGUGUAUCCUCCGCGACAAAUCUCCCAAUCAGGAGAUGUUUACAGCUUCGCAAUUAUUUUGUACGAGAUGUGCACGAGAACUGAACCUUACACCGCCGAGAUCUGGUACCAAUCUUUAGAUGAUACCAUUCGAAGAAUUAAACGUGGUGGCACAAGCGUCCGUCCUACUCUAAAAGAGGAGGAGCAUUUGCCCAGUAUCGUCAAUCUCACCACGUGUUGCUGGCUUGAAAUUCCAACGGAACGACCGUCAUUUUCGAACGUCGCGACAAGUUUCCGUCGUUUAAAUGACCGCAGUUGCAUAAACGUAUUGGACGUUCUUUUGAAGCGAAUGGAGCAAUACGCCAACAAUCUGGAAGGUCUUGUUGAGGAGAAGACACAGGCGUUCAUAGAAGAGAAGAAACGAUCUGAGGAGCUGCUCUACCAAGUAUUGCCAAAGAGCGUUGCAAAUCAGCUUCGAAUAGGGAAGUCUGUUAACCCAGAAUCCUUUGACAGUGUUACUAUAUAUUUCUCGGAUAUCGUUGGCUUUACGUCAAUAUCAGCAGUGAGCACUCCAUUUCAGGUGGUUGAAUUCUUGAAUGACCUUUACACUUGUUUUGACACUAUUAUCGAACAUUACGACGUGUACAAGGUGGAAACUAUUGGCGACGCCUAUAUGGUCGUUUCCGGGAUUCCGGAAAGAAACGGGACUGAGCACGUGCGACAGAUUGCCCGCAUGUCGCUGACAAUUCUGAGGAGCGUGCGGCAGUUUAUGAUACGCCAUAUGCCGGAAACACCGCUUAAGGCUCGGAUAGGACUGCAUUCUGGCCCAGUGUGCGCGGGAGUCGUGGGUCGUAAAAUGCCCCGCUACUGUCUCUUCGGGGACACGGUCAACACCGCCAGCCGAAUGGAGUCUAACGGAAAAGCAAUGAAGAUACAUAUAAGCGACGAAACUAAGACGCUUCUGAAAAGUUUUAAUACGUUCGUUAUAGAAGAACGGGGAAAAAUUGAGGUUAAGGGGAAAGGUUCCAUGACGACGUACUGGUUGGUCGACGAGAUAACAAGACAAAACGAUGGAUUUGCCCUUCAAAUGCCAUUUACGUUACGCUGAUGAAAUACGUUAAGGGACAAGACGACGGCUUAUAUUAGUCUCCAGUCAUCCAGUUUUCAUUUAUAUAUCUGUCAUGUGUUUGUUUCAAGAUG